AUGGCUUCGUCACGCGGAGGACGAUCGGCUCAGAGAAAGGACACGCCGCAAUCGCCACGCAAGCCGCCGUCGGCCGUCGGCUCACCAAAGCAGACGCGUCGCAGUGCCAGAACAACAAGCCGCGAGCCAGAGCCCGAGCCAAGAGUACAACAACAACAACACCUCGAGCCGGUUGUUGAAGAGCUUGGCGUCGUCGAGCCAUCCGAUGAUGACGCUAGUGACAUUACUGCUGGCACACAGAGCGAGUUCCAGAGUCUGAAUGUCGACAACAUCAUAGAAGCUCUCCCUAGUGUGUGGGAGGACUCUAUUCAACUCAUCCAGUUCUUCGCCAAAAACAGAAAUUCGCUGGAGCAGCUGCAAGAUGGAGCAGACCCUUCUAUAUUCCUCUUCAAGAGGUGCAAGCGACUUGUUGAAGGCUUCCUGGAUGACCGUGCUCACUUCAGCAAUCGAGUCUUCAUCAAUACUCAGCUCGUUGCUCACAAGCUUCGGGACUCAGUGGGUGAUGAUGCAGCCCGUCGCCCGGAUGCCAUCCUCUUCGCUGCCAAUGUGGUCAUGCUAUUGGCCACCAUGAUCACUGGUGAUAUCGCACGGAAGGAUGAGGUUCUGCAGCUCAUCUAUCCGUCUUUCCCAGCUGGCUUCGCGUCCUUGGAAUCUGGUGGUCUGUUCUCAACCAACUUAGCAUCCGAGACGAUCGAAUUCGGCAACAUCCUACGCACUCAGCUCUUCAUCAUGCGGGUUGCGGAGGCGUACCAAGAAGGAGUCAGCUUCGAUCCGGACAAUUACAUACAUGAUCUAUUCACGACAGACACAGGAGCUUAUAGGGGAAUGGAGAUUGUCGACAAGGGUGAGGCUGAUUUCAACAAGGACAUGAUCACAAAGUUUCUUCAAAGCCUUCGCCAACGCUUUGUGACUACAAGUGCCUCCAACCCUGUCAAACUAGCCGAGCUAGAGGAGGCUUACCCAUUUGCGGACUUCCUUCAGCACCUCAUUCGAUGGUCUGAGGAUCGCGGAAGAGAGCUUCAAGAAGCUGUCGAAGCUCAAGGCGGCGCUGAAGCCGUUGCUCAGCGUCUCGUGGGAAGCCAGCCUGACGAAAUCGAUCUUGGAUAUGACGAACUCGCCGAAUCCACGGAGCAACACGUUUCAACCCCGCCCAAGCCUCAACCACGCAAGGCGGCAAAAAAGAAGAUGACGAAGAAUAUGGCUGCCAAUAUCGCACGCUUGAACGAAUUCAAGGCUCAAGCUGCCGCCGAGGAGACUGGGUUCGAUACCCAAUCUCAAUCAAGUGUCAUACCCCCGUCCAUUGUGGACCGCAUCGAGGUGCUCGACGAGGAGGAUCAACACACCGCUGAACAACUCUUGUCAGCGAACAACGCUGUGCCUCCCAAUCCUGACCCACACCAGGUGCAGCGGAUCAUGCGAGAACUGGCUGAGAGAGCACUCAAUGAGCCUUCAUCCAGCAAUCCUGCGAACCCUCGGCCACGACCUCGCUUCGAUGAACCUCAACCGAAUGCUCGUCGUCUAAGCUUCAACGAUAUCGACUCACAGCAGCCAACGCCGCGCAACAAAAAGCGCGCAGCAGCUCCCGCAACGGACGACGAGGAGUUUGAAACAGACAAGCGCCCUGCACCCAAACGUCGCCGCCAAGUCAACAAUGACAACAUCGAUCCUCAACUCCGAGAAGAGCUUCCCGCACUAGACGAGGACGACGACUUCACCACGCCAGGCACGCACCCACGGCCAACCUUUCAGACAACUGCCUCGCCUCGUCGCCUCGGACGACCUUUCCAGCCGCAAUCCGCCAACAACGCUGGACCAAGCUCCACUGCCCCACCGCUAGGCGCACAACCAACUCGACUCGAGCAAACGCCCUCCAUACCGCCCAGCAGCGCUCCUGCCGCCCGACGGGAAACGCUGGACCCUGAAGGCGCUUUCCCUGCCAGCCAAGCAUUCAACGAUGCCCGAGACCUGGCCAAGCAGGAAGUCCGCAAGAGGAAGACUGCACUUGCCAACCCGCCUAACCCCGACGCCGCCGCCAACCCUGACGCCGACGUCGACAACAGCGACCUACCUCCCCUGACCCAACGCGCCGAACUUCCUGCCACAGGCAGCGGCUACCAAGUCCGCAAGCCCUGGACUCCCGCCGAGGAGGAGCGCCUAAUCACGCUGAUCGGCGAGGUGGGUCCCUCAUACGCCAAAAUCCUGAAGCUAGACGCGCAACAUGACCAGGGCCCGGAGCUGGAGGAGCGCAAUCAGGUGCAGUUGAAGGACAAAGCGCGGAAUAUCAAGUUUGCGUACCUCAAGGCGAAUGUGGCGCUGCCAGAUGGAUUUGGACCGGUGAGUAUCGGGCCGAAGCUGGUGGCCAAGUUAAAUGAGCUGGGGAUCACGGGGCUCGGUGUGAGUGACCUUUCCCGUCGUGUAUUUGCACUCCCACGCACCUUGACUUGA